AUGUGGCUUCUACAUGGGGAGAGAAGAGGAGUAAAUGUGACUGAUGAAACACGUGUAAUGUCGCAAGAUGAUAAUGAAAUAAAUUCGAUGUUUGUCAUGGUUAAUGAUGCAUUUGGGUAUCAUCAAUAUAGCAAUGACAUGGUGGACGAUAAGGAAAUGGGUCCAGAGUCAAGCCAUGCCGGGAAUGAUGAUAUUGGAGAUUUUGUUGAUUUAAUGAAAGAUGGUCAAGAGAGUUUAUAUGAAGGGUGUGAUAAAUAUUCUAAACUUUCAUUCUUGAUCAAGUUGUAUCACAUCAAAUGUCUUUGCAAAAUAAGUGACAAGGGAAUGUCCAUGAUACUAGAGUUGUUGGCAGAUGUCUUUGGACAUGCUAAAAUUCCACACUCAUUCUAUGAAGCAAAGAAAAUCAUUAACAAGCUUGGUCUUCAUUACACCAAAAUCGAUGCUUGUCCGAAUGAUUGCAUGUUGUACUUUGGAGAAGACGCAAAUCGGGACUUUUGUAAGAAAUGUAAAACGUCUAGAUGGAAGGCAAAAAGAAAAGGUACAAUUGGUGCUACAAGUAAUAAAAGAAAAAAGAUUCAUGCAAAGGUGUUGAGGUAUUUUCCUUUGAAGCCACGCUUACAGAGGAUGUUUAUGUCUUCCAAAAUAGCUGAGCAUAUGCGAUGGCAUUCAUCGGGAAGUACAAAUGAAGUCAUCUUAAGGCAUCCAAGAGAUUCUAAAGCAUGGAAGACAUUUGACUUUAAGCAUCCUCAAUUUGCCUCAGACCCUCGAAAUGUGAGACUUGGUUUGGCUAUGGAUGGGUUUAAUCCAUAUGGUAAUCUAAGCACUAGCCACAGUAUUUGGCCAGUUGUACUUAUACCGUACAACCUUCCGCCUUGGAUGUGUAUGGAACAAAGUUCAUUCAUUCUCUCCAUGAUCAUUCCUGGAAAGCGAGCUCCAGGAAAUGAUAUUGAUGUAUAUUUACAACCACUAAUAGAAGAGUUGAAAGAGUUAUGGAACACUGGUAUCAAAACUUUUGAUUCAUAUGGAAGUGAAGUGUUUGAUAUGCAUGCAGCUAUAUUGUGGACCAUUAGUGAUUUUCCGGGUCUUGGAACCUUAUCUGGAUGGAACACACAUACUGGGUUGGCAUGUCCUAGAUGUAAUUUUGACACAACUCCUAAGAAACUUAUUAAAGGUGGGAAAUUUUGUUUCAUGAGUCAUCGUCGUUGGUUAGAUGGAAGACAUAGAUUUAGACUGGCUCGAAUGAGAUUUGAUGGAACUAUAGAAAAUAGAAAUCCACCUUUGGCGAUCUCAGGAUAUGAUGUGUUACAACAAGUUCAGAAUCUUAAUGUUGAAUUUGGGAAAGAACCAUUACUUGAAGAACGGGCCAAAAGACAACGGGGAGUUAAUCAUGCUAAGUUAGACACUCAACAAUGGCAAAAAAAAAAUUCAAAUAAAUGUAAAGACAAUCUAAAAGCACGAAAAGAUUUACAACUCUGGGGUAUUAGACCUGAUCUUUGGCCUGAUGAGAAUGGUAGAUAUCUCCCUGCUAUAUAUACAUUGACAAAUGCAAAUAAAGAUAUCUUUCUCAAAACUUUGAAGAACAUAACAGUUCCAGAUGGCUACUCUAGUAACAUCAGUAGAUGCAUUGAUGUCAAACAACGUAAGCUUGGAGGAUUAAAAAGUCAUGACUCACAUGUUUUGAUGGAGCAACUUCUACCUUUGGAAAUUAGAAAGACACUCCCUAAUGAAGUUUGCUCGAUUUUGAUUGAUUUGUGUUUGUUUUUUAGACAAUUGUGUAAUAAAGUUUUGAAAAUGGAUGAACUUGACCAACUACAAGGUAGAAUUGUUCUCACAUUGUGUCACAUGGAGAUGUUAUUUCCUCCUUCCUUUUUUACGGUCAUGGUUCAUUUAAUUGUUCAUUUAGUGGAAGAUGCUAAGCUUGGAGGACCCGUCCAAUACCGAUGGAUGUAUCCCAUUGAGAGGUAUCUUGGAAAAUUGAAGUCGUAUGUCCGUAAUAAAGCACAAGCAGAAGGAUCAAUAGCUGAAGGAUACAUGGCUGAAGAGUCUUUAACAUUUUGUUCUAGAUAUUUAGAUGGAAUUGAGACUGUAUUCAAUCGAUUGCAUCGUGUUGAUGAUGAACCUAAUAAUGUGUCUUGUAAUGUAAGUACAUUGUUCCCACCAAUCGGAAAACUAGUUGGGAGUUUUACUUAUUUCACUCUAUCUACAAAGGAAAAGCUGCAAGCACAUCGUCAUGUGCUAACAAAUUGCCCCAUAGUUGACCCAUUUAUACAGGAAUUUAGAGGCAUUAUACGAACACAACUAAGAAGUCGCACACGAUCUUCCUCUGUGAUAGACAAAAGGGUUCAUAAAGAAUUUGUUGAGUGGUUUUCACGUCGUAUAAGGAAUGAAUCAUUUGAUAUCCAUUCAGAUGAUUUAAAGUUCUUGGCCAUGGGUCCUAUUGAUUGUGCAAAGCGAUAUAGUGCCUACAAUGUUAAUGGGUUCAAAUUUCGUAUAUUGGAGCGUGAUCUAUGGCUUAAAACACAAAACAGUGGAGUGUUUGGUACAUUUGGGACAAGGAGUUAUGCAAGUAGUAGUGAUAAUCAAAUGCAGUUUGGAGGUGUGCCGUAUUAUGGUGGAUUGGUAGACAUAAUUGAGAUAAACUACCAUGGUCGAUUCUCAAUUGUUUUAUUCAAAUGUAACUGGGCUAAUACAACUACUUCUAGAGGGAUUAUGAGUGAUGAGUAUGGAUUUACAUUAGUAAGUUUUGCACGCUUAAUCCAUACUGGUGAUAAUGAUGAUGACGAGCCAUACAUUAAAGCAUCAGAAGCUCAAAUGGUGUAUUAUGUAGACAAUGAGUUGGAUAAAAAUUGGUGCAUACCUGUACAUGUAAAGCCUAGAGACUUAUACAACAUGGGUGGAGAUGAUGUUGACAAUUUUCAUGAAUGUGAGCCAUUUGAACAACAAAACCUAGAAAUAUUAUUUUCUAACGAGGAUGGAAAUAUACAACUAGCAAGGUUUUUUUUCCUUUUUUCAAUUGUUGAGUCAUUUUACUAA